AUGAGGAGAGAGACGAGUUUGAAGAACCCCGUUCAAUCACAAGCCAUGAAGGAAGAUCAUCUGAGAAACUAUCGGGGUGUGGGUCAUACCAUUGCUAAGACGGAGGCCAUGAAAGCUGCGUUGACUGAGCUCGGCCUCAAUAUAGUGGAGAUGACUAAUGAAUCAGCCACGCUGGACGGGGGAGAUGUCCUGUUCACAGGUAGAGAAUUCUUUGUUGGAUUAUCCAAGAGGACCAAUCAGAGAGGAGCGGAGAUCCUGGCCGACGCGUUUAAGGACUACGCCGUGUCCACGGUUCCCAUUCAGGACAGACUCCAUCUGAAGAGUUUCUGCAGCAUGGCCGGACCGGAUCUCAUCGCCAUCGGAUCCAGCGAAGCCGCACAGAAAGCCCUGAAGGUCUUUGAGAAGCUGAAGGAUCACAUGCUCAUCCCAGUGUCCAAUCAGGAGAAAGUGAAGGUGGACGGCGCGCUGACCUGCUGCUCGGUGCUCAUCAACAAGAAGAAGAACAUCUGAGAGACUCCGGAAACCUUCAUCAAACACACCGUUUCAUAUUCCGCGUGUUUCAUGAAUGAGGCCUGAUGUGUGUGCGUAAUAUGCAGGAUUACUUCGUUUUAUCUUUGUUUUUGUUUUUGAACUCCAAUAAAAUGAAUCGGAUUGUUUCAUCUGAAGGGAAGAGAAUAUAAAAACACACUUAAAGUCUGUUUUUUCUAACGUGUGAGGAAAAUAAAGUACAUUUAUAUUUCUAACCAGCAACAUAAUU